UUUGAUUUCCUCAUCAUUGCUCUUUCAAACAUAGUGCAAUUGCCUUAGUAAAUCUCGGUUCACAUUUCUGACCACCUACGAGGCAAACUUCCUCUUUGAUCGAGAUUGAGACAUUCUAACAGCGGGCACAGAGGAAGUUGAAGAUGGAAGACCCUAAUCUACGGACGAGACAGACUGGUUUGGAUUUUGACUACUUAAAAAGUGUACCAGGACUUCUUAAAAUUUUGGAAAUUUUUGGCCUUCUGUUAGCAUUUGCGUGCCUUUCUGGCUUUACACUGAAUUACACUGAUUCUCGAUAUGGUGGAAGAUUUGACUUCUUUUAUUUUGCAACUGUGACAUCAUGGUUGGUGGUGAUUUUUCUGUUUGUCUUUUUUAUGCUGAGGCUUCAUGAGAGGAUUGCUAUCAACUGGAACCUUUUUAUGGCAGUAUACUCUCCUGUUACAGCCUUUCUUUUGUUGCUUGCCUCAUCUCUUGUCCUUGAUACUGCAGUGCACUUUAGAAGAAGUGAGAAGCAUGAUGUAAGGGGAAGUUACUUUAUGGUCUGCAAUUUAGAACCUUGUGGCAAUGUUGAGGCAGCUGGGGCAUUUGGAAUCAUUACAAUGGUGUUGUUUGCUGUGGAUACCGUAGUGUUCUGCUUGAAGAACAGGAACACAUCGGCAGCAGAGCAGCCAGCGUCAUUUGAGGGAGAGAAUAAUGAUAAUGGUGAACCUGUGGAGUCAACUGGGGCCCAAUAUUAACUAAAUACGAACUUGAGGUUAUUUAAAAAUUGAAGAAUUUAUCAUUUCCAUGUCAUUUGAAUGUUUGAUCAACAUACACUCAGUUGUAAAAUUUUUGACACCUCAAGGGUUGGAUCUAGAAAUUAUUUGAUAGGAAGGACCCAAUAUUAUUUCUUGACCAACAUACCUCUGCAACACAGGUGGACCCUGUGUUGUUAUAAUAAUUGUAUGACACCCAUAGGGUCGAUGGGUCGUAUCAUUUAAAUGUUUUUUAGGUGUGAACACUCUGGUAUUCGUGUGUAACUUUGAGAUGACAAUUAUUGAUGUAUUUAUUAGGUACUUUUGGGAGUGUUUUUGUGCUGUGUUAUUGGCAGUACCCUCUCAGCUUAAUGGCGCCAGUUUCACCGGUUACUUAAUUUAAGCUUUUACCAGAUCAUUCAAACAAUUUUUCUUGAAAAUAAUUAAAAUCAGCAGGCGAAGAGUUUAAAAUGCUGUUCUGAUAUGAACAUUUUUGCUGUAUUGGCUUAGUAUUAUGUAGUCUGCUGUAGAUAUUUACUUAAAUAACUUCAUUGAAAUAUGAUAUUUAAAUAAUUCAGGUUUUGUGCAUAUAAUGCCUGUAGGUGGCCUUUGAGAACAAAGAUACAUGUGGUGAAAGGCAGUUCAAAAUGUACUGCUAUGUACAGUUCUUAAAUACAAUGUGCCAUUUCUGUAACGCUAUCACUAACACCACUCGCAUAUCUUUGAUACUGUACGUACAAACAGGUACAUAAGAAAACGAAGCCUCCGUGGGUAAUUUCUAUGUUUGGUUUCAAAUUUUAUAGUAAUGUUGAAGAGAGAUGAUCUCUUUUGCAGUGCUACUAUGAAGUACAGCCGGACCAGUAUUUAGUGGUCAUCCAUACAGGUUGCACAGAAUAGGGAUAUAGAAAACGACGAAAAAACGCUAUUUUAUGCCAUAAUUGACCCCUAAAUAUACAAACACUCGUAAAAAGUAUGUCUAAGAGUGAUUUCGGGAGUUAAAAAUGGAUGAGAUUUUAUUUGAAAGGUUAGUGUUAGUCUUUGUUGAGUGGUUCCGCUGUAAGUGACUGUUCACCACAGGUUGGAGGACAAUACAAACAGCCGGUUGGAACUCUGUCAACUCUCUCUCUCGACCGCUUAAACAAGGUGACUGCUUUAAUAAGGUGCCGCUCAAUGCAGGUUUCUACUGUAUCUAUACAGCGUUCUAAUUUUGUAUUCCUAUUCAGUAUCAGUUUCAGUUUUUCAUAUUGGGCAUGAAAUAGCAGUAAUUACCUAGUGUGUUAAAUAUUAGCUUAAGACUGCCGUGAGUGUUUUAAUGACAAAUAUACCUACACAGGUUGCUUAAUGAUCGGGAAAUUUAGGACUCAGAAUUUCCAGCUCAUUUAGCAGACGGGAAAAUCCGUUAAUUUGCCGCUGAAUGACCGCAUGUGCUAUUCAAACUUCAUGUUUUGGAUUUAAGUAUUGACAAUUUUUUUCUAAUGGUAACGACUACAGUGGAAGUAAAAAGUUUAAAUUUUUGUUCUUUGAUCAAAUGGGAGGAUUGGUAAGCUUUCAAACAAAAGAUGACUACCGUCUGAGGGUUAUGAAAUGUUAAAAAAGGAGGUUCCAAGAGCUAAUAAAUCCUACGCAACAGGCCAUUAACCACUUCUUGACAGCCAUGGAGAUUCUAUACUUUCCAAAAUGUACGGUAUUUGAAUACUAAAAUCUGCAGUUAAUAUUCCCUUAGUUUAGUUGAGCAGUGCGGUUGAAAUUUCUAUGGGUGAAUUAUUCACCUUAGAAUAUAAAUAAAGCGAGAACAAAUUCA